AUGGCCGUGAGGAAGCCUGGUUUGAUUGCUUUAUUUGAUGUUGACGGCACUCUCACUGCUCCAAGGAAGGCAGCCACCCCAAGUAUGACAGAGUUCAUCAAGACACUCCGAAAGGUUGUUACUGUGGGAGUGGUGGGUGGAUCUGAUCUCUCUAAGAUAUCGGAGCAGCUUGGAAAGACAGUUAUUAAUGACUAUGAUUAUGUAUUUUCUGAAAAUGGGCUUGUGGCUCACAAAGAUGGGAAGCUUAUUGGCACCGAGAGCUUGAAGUCAUCUCUUGGAGAGGAAAAGCUCAAGGAAUUUAUUAAUUUUACACUUCAUUAUAUUGCUGACUUGGACAUCCCCAUAAAACGGGGAACAUUUAUAGAAUUCCGAAGUGGCAUGCUUAAUGUAUCACCAAUUGGACGGAACUGCAGCCAAGAAGAAAGGGAUGAGUUUGAAAAGUAUGACAAGGUUCAUAAUAUACGCCCCAAAAUGGUAUCAGUGCUGCGUGAAAAGUUUGCUCACCUUAACCUGACAUUUUCAAUUGGCGGACAGAUAAGCUUUGAUGUUUUCCCUCAAGGCUGGGAUAAGACAUACUGCUUGAGAUUCCUUGAAGAAUUCAAUGAAAUUCACUUCUUUGGAGACAAAACUUACAAGGGAGGAAACGAUCAUGAAAUCUAUGAAUCAGAACGGACUGUGGGUCAUACAGGGCGCCGACAGGACGUUCGUACAUUUUUAAAGAAAGCUGAAGCCAAGAAGGCCGAGUGA